AUGGAAGGAGAAACGGGGCGAAGUUUGUCGGCGAUUUCGAAGAGAGGAGAGAAGGAAGACGAGAAUAAGAUCGAGUGGGAAGAUUUCCACCACGAACUCACGCGGCUAUAGUCUUCCGCUCUGAGAGAAGCCCAAGAGAGGAAGCAAAGCCUGCAGCAGAAGCUUGAGUCUCUCAUUCAGGUCAAUUCCGAGUCAUUGAGACACACUAAUGAACUUGAAGAAAUGCGGCAGAGGUUGGAAGGUAGAAAAUUGAUGGUGGGAAAGGCAUCAAUAGGUUGCAAGGUUGGGGUUCUGAAAAAAAAGAAAAAAGAGGAGAAUCUCGGUAGAGAAGUGAAAUCUUUGUUGGUUGGGGGAACAUCACUUUCGGUUGCUAAAAGUAAACUACAGGAGUCAAGCUGGAAACUAGAAGGAGAAAAAGACUAUGCUCGGUUGAAAGUUGUGACAAGUAAGCUGGUAAAGAGGCAACGAUACAUGAUAACACAAGUGUCGUCUAUCUAUCCAUUGAAGAUUGAGGCUGGACCUUACCAACACCAAGAACUCGAAUCAUUUCCAGGUGGCAGUAGAUUAGGAACUAAACCUGUGAGUCAAGGAUCCGUGACAAUUUUAGAAUUACCUUUCAGUAUGGCUCCAUUUACAAAGAUGAGUUUCUUCACUGACAAGAAGGAGGUCCAGAGGUCUGCAACUGCCCUAGGAUACGUUGCCCACGCUGUGUCGCUAAUAGCAUCCUACAUGAUAGUUCCACUCCGUUACCCUUUGUGCCUUGGUGGUUCCAAAUCUUAUAUUCGGGACUACACACCAUAUAUCGGACCUUCAUCAUCUGACAUGCCCCCGAUAACCACAGUUUCUAAAAAUCAAAAUUUUGUAGAGUUCCCUCUGUUUCUGGAUACAACCCGAAAUGCCUACGCCGUCUUCUUGUUGAGCAAGAACAUCAAGCAGCUGCUGAAUUACGUUUGGGCGGGUAGCAUAGGACCUCGGCAGGUGCUGUCAAACCUAAAGGAGCUCAUCCGUACCAUCCAGCGUCCAACACUCUCCUCUACUCUUCCUCCUCUACUCUUCCUUCUCACACCGCUGCAAUUCACUCUUUUUUGUUAGGCAUGUUGCUUCUUGUUAAGUCUCUUCUACCCAGG